AAAGCUUUUUAGAGUCCUCAAUCAUUUUAAGAAUGCAGAGGAAGGUCCUGAGUUCAGAAGUUGUCUAUCUGUUGUAGAUUAUGCUUGCUUACUGUGAAAUCAGUUAUAUGAAAUGGGAGAAGUGAUUUUUAUUGCUAAAUAGUUUAGUAGUAUCUAUUAUUCAUAUUAUUUAUAUGUAAAUAUAGUCCAAAGUUUUCUCCAAAAACCUGUGGAAGAGGCUGAAACAAAAAUUUCUACAAAUUCAAAUACAUUUUCCAGAUAUGAAUGACUCCCUGAAGGCACACUUCUAAGGAUGCAUUGUUUAAUCAUUAUGUAAUUAUUACACAGUUGUCAUAAUAGUUAAAUUUUAUGAGCAUCUCAUGCAUGCAUAACUAUUCCUCAUUUAAAGCUCUGCAUAAUAAGUAAAUGAUUAAGGAACUUCCUGUUGGUCACACAGUAUGUUUUAAGAGGUGGGAUUCAAGUACUUUUUUUGAUCUCACUCCAGGGUGCUUUCUCUUUUCCCUUAUCAUAAUGCUAUUGUUUACUGUAACUGUGUGUCCAAGCAACAGUUUUCUGUAAACAGUUUGCAAGAUCUUGGGUAAAGGAUCUUUUUGACAGCAAGGAUAGAUAAAGAUUUGUCUUCACUUUUGGUUUAAUGAUUAAAACAAGAAGAUUAUUUUCCAGAGUUAUAAAGAGAGUUCAAAAGUGAAUGAAAUAAGCUGAAUCCUACACACUGAUUUCCAUCAGCUUCUCCAGCGACAGUGAUCUGUUGUCUCUUACUGUUGAUGUGGAUUCACCAGCUGAGUUAGAUGAUGGAAUGGCUUCCAAUGAAAGUUCUCCCGUUAGAACUUUUGGUCUCAAUCUUUCUUCGGAUACUUCAGCACUAGGGGCUGUUGCUUCUGACAGUGAACCAAACAAAGCAGAAGAAGAACGGGAAAGUCGCAGCCUCUUUCCUGGCAGUUUAAAACCUAGGUUUGGCAAGAGAGAUUAUUUGGAGAAAGCAGGAGAAUUAAUAAAGCUAGCUUUAAAAAAGGAAGAGGAAGACGACUAUGAAGCUGCUUCUGAUUUUUAUAGGAAGGGAGUUGAUCUGCUCCUAGAAGGUGUUCAAGGAGAGUCAAGCCCUAGCCGACGAGAAGCUGUGAAGAGAAGAACAGCCGAGUAUCUCAUGCGAGCAGAGAGUAUCUCCAGUCUUUAUGGAAAACCUCAGCUUGAUGAUGGAUCUCAGCCUCCAGGAUCACUAAGUUCAAGGCCCCCUUGGAACCUAAGGAGCCCUGCCGAGGAGCUGAAGGCCUUCAGAGUCCUUGGGGUGAUUGACAAGGUUUUACUUGUAAUGGACACAAGGACAGAACAGACAUUCAUUUUAAAAGGUCUAAGGAAAAGCAGUGAAUACAGCAGGAACAGAAAGACCAUCAUCCCCCGCUGUGUGCCCAACAUGGUGUGUCUGCACAAGUACAUCAUCUCUGAGGAGUCGGUAUUUCUUGUGUUGCAGCAUGUGGAAGGUGGCAAGCUCUGGUCAUAUAUCAGUAAGUUUCUAAACAGAAGUCCUGAAGAGAGCUUUGACAUCAAGGAAAUGAAAAAAUCCACACCCAGUGAAGUUUACCUACAACAGCCAACUUCUAGUCCUCGGGACGGAAGCAGCUUUGAGUCCAGGGGAAGCGAUGGAGGCAGCGUGCUUGGAGCUCUGCCUUUGAAGACCAGUCUUACCCCAAGUUCCCAAGAUGACAGCAGCCAGGAAGGUGAUGGGCAAGACAGCUCUCCUAAGUGGCCAGAUUCUGGUUCAAGUUCAGAAGAAGAAUGCACUACUAGUUAUUUAACAUUAUGCAAUGAAUAUGGGCAAGAAAAGAUUGAACCCGGGUCUUUGAAUGAGGAGUCUUUCAUGAGGACUGAAGGGAGUGGUGUUGAUGCCAUAGCUGUUCAGAGCAUCUCAGCUCCCUUUGCUGCUGAUAGUGACAGCCCCAGCACACAGCUGAGAGCUCACGAGCUGAAGUUUUUCCCUUUGGAUGAGGACCCAGAAGUAGUUUGUUCUCCAAGAACAUCCGAUUCCCUCAGUAGAUCAAAAAACAGCCCCAUGGAAUUCUUUAGGAUAGAUAGUAAGGAUAGCACAAGUGAACUUCUGGGGCUUGAUUUUGGAGAAAAAUUGUAUAGUCUAAAAUCAGAACCUUUGAAACCAUUCUUGACCCUUUCAGACAGAGACAGCACUUCCAGGAGUUUUAAUACCAGUAAAAGCAAGGUAGAGUUUAAAGCUCAGGACACCAUUAGCAGGGGACCAGAUGACUCAGUGCCAGUCAUUUCAUUUAAAGAUGCUGCUUUUGAUGAUGUCAGUGGUUCUGAUGAAGGAAGACCUGAUCUUCUUGUAAAUCUACCUGGUGAAUUGGAGCCAACAAAAGAAGCUUUAGCAGUGGGACCUACUAAGUUUUCACAGAGCAAUGUGGGCAGACUAGAGAGUAAACUGUUGGAAGCCCCAGAUGUGUUAUGUCUCAGGCUUAGUACUGAAAAACGCCAAGCCCAAGAAGAAAAAGGCACAGAGGAACUGAGUGAUCCCUCUAGGCCCAAAUCCUAUGGUGUAACUGAGAAACAUUACGCACAGGAGGAUCUGAGGGGGUUGUUCGUAGCAGCUGUUGAUCAUAGAAGUUCAGGAGACACAGCUUUGUUACACAGCUCAGAUCCCAAGUUUCAAGAACUUGGGGCAAACGUCCCAGAAGAAAGCUUAUUCUGUAUUUCUAAUCCGCUGUCAGGUGCUAAUGAAUAUAAUACAAACAUAGACACUUUAAACACAGAAGAAGUGUUGCUGUUUACAGAUCAAACCGAUGACUUGACUAAAGAGGAACCAACUUCUUUAUUCCAGAGAGACUCUCAGACUAUGGGAGAAAGUGGGUUAUCACUAGCAGGAGACAAGGAAAUUCAUCAGAUUUUUGAGGAUCUUGAUAAGAAAUUAGCACUAAGCUCCAGGUUUUACAUCCCAGAGGGCUGCAUUCAAAGAUGGGCAGCUGAAAUGGUGGUAGCCCUUGAUGCUUUACAUAGAGAGGGAAUUGUGUGCCGCGAUUUGAACCCAAACAACAUCUUAUUGAAUGAUAGAGGACACAUUCAGCUAACGUAUUUUAGCAGGUGGAGUGAGGUUGAAGAUUCCUGUGACAGCGAUGCCAUAGAGAGAAUGUACUGUGCCCCAGAGGUUGGAGCAAUCACAGAAGAAACCGAGGCCUGUGAUUGGUGGAGUUUGGGUGCUGUCCUCUUUGAACUUCUCACUGGCAAGACUCUGGUUGAGUGCCAUCCAGCAGGAAUAAAUACUCACACUACGCUGAACAUGCCAGAAUGUAUUUCUGAAGAGGCUCGCUCACUUAUUCAACAGCUCUUGCAGUUCAACCCUGUGGAACGUCUGGGUGCUGGAGUUGCUGGUGUUGAAGAUAUCAAAUCUCAUCCAUUUUUCACUCCUGUGGAUUGGGCAGAAUUGAUGAGAUGAACAACAUUCACACAUUCUAAUAUCCUCUGUAACAGGCAUCUCUGGUAUAGCAGCUCUGCCUUACAGUCUUGUAUGGAGCACCAAAGCAUUUGGACAAGGACCUUUGGAGGAAAUUAGGAGGUGGGAGGCUAAAAGAUUCAUUUUUAGUUACUGUCUAGGCUAGAGAUUAGUCACUUUUGCCAGUGGCUGUUUUAUAUACCUGUAACCAAGAAUGUGACUUAAUUUAAUAUACAUUUAGGGUUGAGGUGUGUUUCAUACUCAAGUGAAAUAGGAAUGCCCUUCAAGAAGUUCUCCUCUGUGAAGCCCUAACGAAGAAUGACGUUUUACUGGAAGAAGGAACUUUACAUGGCAGCUACAGUGCUCCUGCUAACUGGGGUUGGUUCAUACGAUCAAGACAAUAUUGCUGACUAAUACACUAAAAAGUGCUUCAAGGACACUGUCAUUCAUGGGACUUUACAAAGUGCAAAAAAAAAAAAAAAAACUCAUACUGCCUGAAAGGAAACCUGUACUGUGAUGCUACAUAAUUAAUGCAUUUUGAAUGGGGUCCCAGAUUACUUCUGUGUGGAGAGAAUACUUUAUGUUGCCAAUUUUUAACUUUGUUGGCUGACACUGCUAAUUUUGAGAAGGUUCACAUAAACACUAGUUUCUCUCUGGUCAAGCUCAUCGUUCUUUCCCAUCUCCAUUUCCUGCUCCCUUUGCUUACUCUCUCAGAUUCUCUUCUUUCCUACUUCUACUAACACACAUGCAAUGAAAAAGUGAAGGGAGUAUUUAUUUCUACAAACUGUAUCAACUUGAUAAGGACUAAGAAAUCAUGAUAUAAAGUAAAUGUGGUAAAAUGUAGUUGUCUCUUUCAUUUAAUAGCUUAAGAUUUAAAUUUUUUU